AUGAUUUCACUGGCGAAAAUUCUCAUUCGACUCUUUUUUAUUGUGUUCGCUCUUCUGAGCGGAGCACACUCAGAAUUCGAAGCCGACGUGCGUUGGUCGUGUUCCGAAGACGUCGUUUCCGUAUUCGUCCGAACCUCACAACCAUUCGAAGGCAUCGUUCAGACGGCUGGAUCAUCUUCUGAAGCAUGUCGUGUUCAAGGAUUCGGAACCAAUGUGGCAGUUCUGAAAUUGAAUUUGAAAUCAGAAGAAUGCGGAAUCAAAUAUGACUUUGGUACAAAAACGCACUCGGUGGUUGUUGAUGUUCAUUCCCAUCCGGUUCUAAUUGUCGAAGGAGACAAAUCCGUGAACGUCACGUGUAGGGAGUUGGUCAACGGUACACAACACUAUUCCAGUCAAAUGAACCCACCAACACCGGAUUACGAGCUGCGAGUCUUAUCUAGCCGACUUCCAGUGGAUACUGUCAAAUACUCACAACCGUAUACUUUGCAGAUCCGCCCAUUCCCCAACCCAUCUCACAACGCCUAUUCCUUCUUUGUCGGUCAAUGUACUGCCCAACCAGUCGGUGGAAAUGUCACAGUGCAGCUGACAGAUCCAGUGGGAUGUGCACUUUUUAAAUCCAUUAUGGGACACUUUGCCCGUCGAGAGUCUGUUGAAGAAGCUGAAAUUCCAUCAAUGUUCCGGUUUCCAAAUGCAAAACAACUCAAAGUUUCAUGUAUCGUGACGGAUUGUGAUGGAAAGUGUGAAGCGAGAACAUGCGAUUCUGAUGCAUCUGCGUCGUCACUCCUGGAGAGAACAGCGGCUAGUACAGAAUCUGAAGAAUUUCAGAAAGUUUCUGUAAUUGUUAAUUUGGAAGAAGGGAGGGAGAAAGUGGAAGAUCUAAUGUUGCUUAACGAUCAGGAGGUAGAGAGGGUGCGUCAGAGAGACGCAGAGACUCCGCCCCCAAAUCUGAUUGUGCAGAAGAAUCGAGAUGAAGUUGUGCAAAGUCAGUGUAUCUCAGAGAACGAGUUCAAUUUAUUGUAUUAUUUGUGUAUAUUUUUGGCGGUGUGCUCUAUUCUCGGCUUCACUAUGAAUAUCGUUCUGGCCUUGAUUCUCAAAAGACGAUCCAAAAAAUCAAGUGAUAAACGAAAGCCGAUUCCUGUUGAGCAACUUCAGAUUCCCAAAUCUACAGUGGCCCCGCCAGAUUUUUGGAUACAUGAGGAUGCUAAAGAUUCCCCAGAACCAGAGCCCAGCUAUUAUAUCCCGAGACGAGACUCUUUCUCGUCGUAUGCUUCGAAACCAAACCGUAGGAUCAUUCCGGUAGCAUCAGAAUACGGUAUUCCAGCGUCCCGACGAUCAGACGCGUCUUCGUCCGAGGAUAGAAGUAGUAAUGAGAUUUAUAGACGCCCCAACCAAAUUGCAAUGGCCCGUCCCGAAGCUCGUCACAGCAAUUCCACAUUUAUGACGCAUUCGACGACAAUGGAAAGCGAUAUUGAUAGCCAAGCAUCGAAUCAGGCAACAUCUUAUCAUUAA